GUUUCAGGGCAUGGACACGCAGGGCUUGUCUAGCAAGCUGAUAUCGGAGUUGCUCCUGACAGGACUGCGCAUAAGACGCCCCGUGGCGUUCGAGCUUGACAUGCGAGUAUCCGCGGUCCGAUCCAGGUCUUUGGAGGUGACGAGGGUGCCCACGAGGGACCUCGGGACGACGAAGUGGACGAGUUGGCCCGAUGCAGCGGAGCGCCAGCAGAGCGCAUCGCCUCGUUGUAUGGAAUGUCCAUGGGAGGGUUGUCCGGCUCGCGGUCGAGAAGCCUGGCGAGCUGUUAGUCCAGAUUGUCAAUGAGCGUCACAGGCAGUGGCAGAUGCGAAGGCCUGGGUUGCUACACUACACGCGUAAUUUUUGGGACGAGCUGGAGGUGGCGUCAGGCAUGGGUGACCGUCGGCUUGUGCAGUUGUUGCUGAUGAGCGGUGCAGACGCAGACCGGGUGACCGAGCAUGGGAAAGGGGCGCUGAUACUAGCCGCUCAAGGAGGGCGCAGCGACAUUGUCAAGCUCCUGCUCGACCGGCUGACUCCAGCAACGGCUGAUGCUUGUGGCGGUCGUGCCGCUGUCGUGGCUGCCCGCGAUCACGGGCGUCUGAAAGUUAUUGGGCUUCUGCUGGCCGGCAACAUGAUUGGGCUCACUGAUGACGAACUCUGCGAGGUCCUUGUCGCAGCCUGUGGCUCUAGACAGCUGGCUAUUGUCAAGCAUAUGGUGUGAAUGAUCACAAUCUGUGAUGUACAUGGAUAUGAGUGUUUUGGCUGGACGGAGAGGAGUACGUUGAAACGGUAUUUGUCCCCAUUCAAAGGACCUUUGGUUCCGAGGGGUGCAUAAAGAUGUGCAUGAAGCUGAACAUACAGGGGUAACCAUAAGCUUAGACUGAGCCUCCACUGAGCUACGACUGAGAAGCACUAAGACCAUU